AUGUCAGAGUUUUUUGCUGCUGUACUUUCGGCAGACGGCAGCGAGUACGAGCCCUUGUCAUUGCGAAGUAUAUUUGCUUCUUUUAACCGCCACUUAAAAGAAAAAGAUUAUCCUGAACAGAUAAUAGAAUCACCUUGCUUUAAUAAGACAAGAGAAGCCCUUAAAGCGAAACAAAAAGAGCUUAAAAGCCUUGGUAAAGGAAGCAAACCGAAUGCUGCCCACUCAUUGUCUGACGAAGAAGUCGAUUUAUUGUACGAGAGAGGAGAAUUUGGAACGCACAGUGCCCGGGCACUUGUCAACAUGCUUUGGUGGAAAAACACCACACAUUUUGGGUUGCGAGGCUGCCGAGAAAAUCGAGAUGUUCGCUGGGGAGACAUACGCCUUAGAAUGGAUACUUCUGGCCUCGAGUUUCUUGAAUAUACUGAGCGCCAGACGAAAACAAGAUCUGGAGAAAAUCCCCGUGACUUACGAAAGGUAAAGCCCACCAUGUGGCCAUGUAAUGAUCGAAAGCGUGACCCCAUUUUAGCCUACAAGAGGUUUGCAGAAAAGCGACCACCAGAGGCAUGCACCCCUGAUUCACCAUUCUACCUUGGGAUUGAUCACACCAAACACCCAAGUAUCUGGUUUACCAAACAACCAAUGGGCAAGAACACCAUCAACAAUCUAUUGAAAAAUAUGUGUAGAAAUGCUGGAAUACGAGAUGAAGAACAAAAACUCUCUAACCACUCAGCAAGGAAGACAAUGGUGAAGAAGUUGAAGGAAAACCACAUUCCUGAUACAGAUAUUAUCCAGGUACAAUAUUUAUAUUUUUAUCGACUUAUCUGAUGUAUAUAGGGCCUACAAGCUCUGCAAAAUCUUACCUAUAACACCUGCCUUAUUGUGUAUUUAAAUAAAUUUCAAAUGUUCAUAUAGUACAGAAAGACAGCUGUGUUAUGACUUUCUAAUCAAAGGCGUUUACUAAUAUUCAGUUAUUAUAACUAAAGCGCUAAGUCAAGUAUUUAUAUUUUAGGUGACCGGGCAUAACAAUUUGAUGAGUCUCAACACAUAUGAUGAGCUUUCUAAUGAUCGCAUGAGAAGAAUGAGUGGUAUACUUUCUGGUAGUGAUAACAACAAGGCAAAUGAUUCUUCUACUCCAGGAAGUGGUUUAUCAGGCCUCUUGUCAGGUUCUGCUAUUUCUGGUGGAACUUUCAACAUCACUGUAAAUGCCUGCCAGUCAUCCACAUUGUUACCAACAUGGUCCUCGACAACCAACAUUCAAGCAGAAAAACGGAAAAGAGUUAUACUUCAAUCAGAUUCAGAUGAUGAUUGA